GCCACACCCGCCUUGACUCCGCCCGGCUCCAGGCAGCGCUUGCCGCUCUUAAUCUGCCCGGCGUUGGCCGCUGUAGCUUUCAACCCGCCGACCGCAGCGGUUGAGCCGCUGGCUGCAACGGAGGCGGACCGAUUGACAGACAGGCAGCGGGAUGAUCAUGGCUGAGGCUCGGCCGGCGGAAAGUCCGUCGCUUCAGGCAGAAGCCGGAGCUGCGGCGGCAGCGGCGGCUACGGGCACAGCGGCUCUGCCUGGCUCGUCUCUGCGGAAAAAGUCACGUUCUUUGCCGGAGUCGAUUUGGCAUCAAACUCUGAACGAUUAAUCCCGCCUGAGAAUUUGAUUUGAUUUUUGUUGGUCGACUCCUCCCCACUUGGCGGGAUCGGGGUAAAAAGGAGAAAAAGUCCAUUCUUUCUCGGCGCCUUCACGUUAACGCUACGAGGAGACUAAGCGGCUUUUCCGCCUUUUUUAAUUUUCUUUUUCGGCUACUUCGGAUUGUCUUUGCCGGGAUCCGACUCUUUCCUCGAUCUUGGGGUAGAGGAAAAACGAAAACAAAAACCCACGACGCGGAUCCAUCACGUGUUGACACAAGCCGGGCUUCGGGACAGUUUGUGAAGGAGCCGAAAGGGAGCUCGGGGCUUAUCCGAUCCAGUCGGGGAGCGCCGGCCUGCAGAUCCGCGGAAAGGGGAAAAAAAAACCUAAACUAAACAUUUUUUUAAACAACUUAUUUGUUUCCCCGGAUAUUUCUCCUCUUUUUUAUCGGUUCCCUCCGUUAUUCUGUCCUCCGGAGGAAGACUCCUUAAGCAGAGAAGUUCAUCAUACCAAACAAACAAAGAAAAAAAGACUACAGGAACAGUGGAAGCAAAAGUGAUCGGUGUUUCACAUUUUCUGCACCCUUUUUAAAAUGUGUUUUGUGAUGAGGACAUCAAGGUAGUUAAAAAAACCUUCAGAACAGGAGCCAGUUGCACAGAUGGAUGAGAACAUGGCAGUUAUGAAACCAAGCAUUAAAACCACCAUCCUCUUCCAGGAAGUUCAGAUCAAGCAAAGCUUUCAUGGCUUAAGUUUGGAGCUGCUACAAGUCUGGCUGACAAAAAUAUUUUGCUAAACCUUUCUACCCACAAAAAGUAACGUAUGGAUAUUUUCAACCCACAUGAGAAAUGAAAAUGAAGGCACACAAUUCAUUCGCUGUAUGCUCCCUUUUAUACAAAACGACAUUUGUUUCCUACUGUUUUGAUAUAUGUCAUGUUCUUGCUUUCUUUUUCAAUGACAUGAAUGACUAAAUGUAUUUUGAGGAAGAAUAAUUCCAUUAUUAACAAAGUAAUGAGUUGGAUAUGACCUCCCCUCCCUGCACUUUAUGGCUUGCUAAACAUACAAUAUCCUUUUCAGAACCUAUGUAUCAAGUAUACAUGGACAUUAGUGAGGGGUGACAUUCUCUUUACUUUUCUGUAUAGCCAUAUAAUGUCUGUCAGUGUACUUGCAAUUCAACAUAGAGCUGUGCCUAAUGACGUUGUAUUCCAAGAACUGUGUGUACCAGUAAAAGUUUUAUUUUCCCUAUGUACAGUAAAGCACUUUCAAGCGGAUUUUCCCACGGGGAGGUUGAUUUGUGCUUGAAACUUGAACUUUCCAGCCAUUCACCCCACCAACAGAGGUGUAUAACCGUAGUGGGGAAUCUGCCUAAUGGAUCAUGGCUCUAAUGUUUACAGGACAUUCCAUAUUUCUAGCAUUAGUAAUGUUGGCAGCCUCCACUUUUGAAGAAUCUGUAAGCAAUUACUCCGACUGGGUGACUUUUACAGAUGAUGUGGAUCAGUACGAGAAGCAGAAGAUGGAAGCUUUGGGAGCAAAUCAGAAGAUGAAAAAAACCAUCCUGUAUCCAAACUUAUAUUUCGGUGCUGAAGAGGUUCCAGCUCUGAGGCAAAAGUCUCACACUAGUCAUCUACACCUCUUUAGAGCAUUCCGGAGUGCCGUGUCUACGAUGCUCUCAAAUCCCUCCUACUAUCUACCUCCUCCCAAGCAUGCUGAUUUUGCUGCCAAGUGGAAUGAGAUAUAUGGAAACAAUUUGCCUCCCCUAGCAUUUUAUUGUCUCCUCUGUCCUGAAGAUAAAGCUGCCUUUGAUUUUGCUGUCGAAUACAUGGACAGAAUGGCAGGAUAUAAAGACUGGCUGGUGGAGAAUGCCCCAGGCGAUGAAGUUCCUCUUGGGCAUUCUUUAACUGGCUUUGCAACUGCUUUUGAUUUUUUAUAUGCCUCAUUGGAUGAUGUUAGAAGACAAAAAUAUUCUACCAAGAUAUGGGCUGUGACCGAGGAAAUGUACGAGUACUCCAAAGUCCGCUCUUGGGGCAAGCAACUUCUUCACAACCAUCAAGCCACAAAUAUGCUGGCAUUGCUCAUUGGGGCCCUGGUGACUGGAGGAGGCAUUGAGUCCCAAGCAAAUGCCUGGAAACAUGGUGUAGUAGAUGUGAUGGAAAAAACUAUGUUUCUGCUAAACCAUAUUGUUGAUGGUUCCUUGGACGAAGGUGUAGCUUACGGUAGCUACACAGCCAAAUCCAUCACCCAGUAUAUUUUCCUGGCCCAGCGUCACUUUGGGAUUAACAAUCUUGAAAACCAAUGGCUCAAGAUGCACUUUUGGUUUUAUUAUGCCACCCUUUUGCCAGGCUUUCAGAGAACUGUAGGCAUAGCUGAUUCCAAUUACAAUUGGUUUUAUGGUCCAGAAAGCCAACUGGUUUUCUUAGAUAGGUUUGUCUUGAAGAAUGGAGUCGGCAAUUGGCUUGCACAGCAAAUUAGAAAGCACCGGCCCAAAGAUGGCCCAAUGGUACCAUCCACUGCCCAACGGUGGAGCACCCUUCAUACAGAGUACAUAUGGUAUGACCCCAGGUUAACCCCCCAACCUCCAGAUGACUAUGGCAAGGCUAAAAUGCAUGUAUUUCCAAAUUGGGGAGUGGUUACAUAUGGAGCGGGGUUACCAAACACUCAGACAAACACCUUUGUUUCCUUUAAGUCUGGAAAGCUUGGGGGACGUGCUGUCUAUGAUAUAGUACACUUUCAGCCGUAUUCCUGGAUUGACGGCUGGCGUAGCUUCAACCCAGGCCAUGAACAUCCUGAUCAAAACUCUUUUACUUUUGCUCCAAAUGGGCAGGUGUUCGUUUCAGAGGCCCUUUAUGGACCUAAGCUUAGCCACUUGAACAAUGUUUUAGUAUUUGCUCCAUCCCCUACAAGUCAGUGCAAUCAGCCUUGGGAAGGUCAGCUCGGGGAAUGUAUGCAGUGGCUUAAGUGGACAGGGGAUGAAGUUGGGGAUGCAUUUGGGGAGAUUAUUUCCUCCUCUCAGCAUGAAGAGAUGAUGUUUGUGAGUGGUGAGGCAGCUUCUGCAUAUUCAUCAGCCAUGAAGCUGAAAAGUGUAUACCGCUCAUUGCUUCUACUAAAUCCUCAAACAUUACUUGUGGUGGACCACGUGGAAAAGGAGGAAGACUCUCCUAUUGAUGCCAUCAGUGCCUUUUUUCAUAAUCUUGACAUUGACUUCAAGUAUGUCCCAUACAAAUUUGUGAACAAAUAUAAUGGAGCCAUGAUGGAUGUCUGGGAUGCUCACUAUAAAAUGUUUUGGUUUGACCAUCAUGGGAAUAGCCCUGUUGCUAGGAUACAAGAGGCCGAGCAAGCAGCUGAGUUCAAAAAGAGAUGGACUCAGUUUGUAAAUGUCACUUUCUCUACAAAGAGUAACAUUGCGAGAAUUGCCUAUGUGUUCCAUGGGCCUUAUGUCAAUGUUUCUACCUGUAGGUUUAUUGACGAUGCCCAGUCGGGGUAUCGGAUUUCUCUAAACAUCAACAAUACAGAAAUAAUCUACUCUGUUGUAACAGAGUAUCUCAAUCUGUGGACAAGGUUCCGUUAUUUAGGAUUUGGUGGCUAUGCCACAGUAGCCACUCCAGGAAAGGUUACACAGUUUGGCCUGGGCACUAAGAUGAUAGGGAAGCAGGGACUUAUUCAUAAAUCCAUUUUCCCCUUUGGCUUUAAAGUGAAUGUGAUAGCAGGAUUUAUUUUGGGGAUUAGCUUGGCCAUAUUGGCUUUUCACUGGCGAUUUUACAUUUCCUUUGGUAAGCUUUUGCGCUGGGUCUUAAUCCUGGUGAUCACCUUGUGGUUUAUUGAACUUGUAGAUGUGUGGAGCUCCUGCACUCAGCUGAUUUGCGCAAAGUGGACCAGCAGUAUGACAAAUAUGGAACCAGGUGAAAGGGAGGACCAAGGACAUCCUAAUUUGCCUAACAUUAUCAUCACUUCCCUCCCUAGUUCAGGGGCAGAAAUUCUGAAGCAGCUCUUUUACAACACUAGUGAUUUUGUCUAUAUCAAGAUCCCUACGGGUUACCUUGAUAUCCCUGAAACCGAGUUCGAGGUUGACUCAUUUGUUGAUGCCUGUGAAUGGAAAGCUUCGGAUGUUCAGAGCGGCCAUUUUCGGAUCCUCCAGGGCUGGCUGCUUUCCUUAGUCAAAGACACAAAGCUUCACUUACAAAAUAUCCAUUUGCAUGAAACCAGCAGAAGUAAAUUGGUGCAGCAUUCUUCCACUAGCAGAGACAGGAAGAGGCGGCCCAGGAAGAGAGAAUCUAUGGUAGAGCAAAGAAACCGCCUGCGAGGAAAUUUAGACAAAGAAGCUGAAUACAUUCGGGAACUGAGGCAACACCUUGCCUCUUAUCCAAAUGCUCGCCCCGUCCUUAGUCUGAGUAGUGGAAGUUGGACGUUAAAGUUACCUUUCCUUCAGGAAGUCAUUGGUCCUUCCCUGAGAGCGCUUUAUGUGGUUCGAGAUCCGCGUGCCUGGAUCUACUCAAUGUUGUACAGAAACCAGCCUAGCCUUUACUCUCUGAGGAAAGUACCACAGCACCUGACUAAGCUGUUUAAAGGAGACAGUCAUGAAGAAAAAUGUGGUUCCAAUUCAGGCUAUGCCUUUGAAUAUGAAGCUUUGACAGAGAAGCUUCCCGCUUCAGAUUCAAAUGCUGUCACCGUGAUGUCCCAUUUAUGGCUGGCCAACACAGCAGCCGCCCUGAGAGUAAAUAAGGGUUUGCUGCCAGCAAACUACCAGCUGAUCAAAUUUGAAGAUAUUGUCAACUCUCCCCAGAAGACUGCUGAAGCCAUCUAUGACUUCCUUGGCAUGCCUCUGGCUCCAGCCAGCUUAAACCAAAUACUAUUUGCUACAUCCACCAGUCUUUUCUAUCUUCCUUAUGAAGGAGAAAUCUCUCCAGCGGGCAUCCAUGCUUGGCAGCACAAUAUGCCUCCAGAGGAAAUUAAGCAGAUUGAGGAUAUCUGUUCAACUUUAAUGGACCAUUUAGGGUAUCCAAAGUUUACUGAUUUAAAAGCUGCAGGCCAGCAAUAGUUUGCACUAAGGAUCUCUGGGCUCUUCAAUUUGUAGAUAAGAAUCUGGUUUAUUCUUGUAAAAAAAAUGUAUGUAUAGUCUGUGACACUUGCAGAAAGAGAUUAUUUUAAACGAAACAAAAUACUUGCUCUGGUAUGUUUUCACCCAACCUUGCCUCUUCCCCUUUCAACAAAAUGUCCUUUUCCCUUUUGCUGCCUUUGAAAAUAAAGCUGUAUGAAUCUUUA